GAGGCCGGGGAGCACAAAAGAUGGAAGAGGAUAGGAUUCUCAUUCACCCUGACCCAUAUACGAACGCAGUGUUCACAUUGUACCACCUGGGCUGGGUUUCAGCUUUGGCAGCCAUCCGGUACAGGAGCCAUGCUCGAUGGUUGGGUAAUUUAAAUAUCUCGACCGAAGGGUUGGACCGUCCUCUGCGGCCCUCUGCAGCCUUCUGCGCCCUGAGGCAGCACCGACGACCUUGUCUCAUCUCCUUGCAUACAUCCUGUUCCCCCACACCAUGUCUGUGCAGCAGCUCCGGUCGUCGACCACCUUUGCGGUCAUUGUGGUCUGUGUCGCCGUCUUCACUGACAUCUUCCUUUAUGGGCUUGUGGUGCCCAUGCUGCCCUUUGCCCUCGCCGACCGGGUGGGCCUGUCGGACGCUGACAUUCAGCCUUGGAACUCCAUCCUCUUGGCCACCUACGGGGCGGCUAUCAUGUUGGGCUCAUUGCUCUUUGGGUGGAUGGGCGACCAAACCCGCACCAAACAACUACCCUUCCUGCUGGGCGUCGGAGUCAUGGGAGGUGCCACGGUCCUCUUCUCCCUGACCAUCUCGCUGCCCUUGAUCGUCCUCGCCCGCGUCCUGCAGGGCUGUUCCACGGCCAUUGUUUUUACGAUUGGGUUCAGCCUGUUGGUGGAGACCGUGGGUGACCGACACAUCGGGCGCGCCAUUGGGUUCACGAGCAUGAGCCUCAGCAUCGGCAUCUUCGCGGGGCCCAUCGUGGGGGGAUUCUUGUACGACCUGGCCGGUUACUUUGCCGUCUUCAUCCCCGCCUUUGUCCUCAUUGCCCUGGAGUUUCUACUGCGGGUACUGCUGAUCGCGCCGACCCACGAUCCCGGGCUGACGCACGCCCUCAUCCAAGAUGAGCAACGGCCCCUCAUGCCGGACACUGGAGGUCAUGACGCUCGACAGCCAAAGAGACCACCGGCCGUGGUAACCUUGAUGCGUAUGCCGCGAUUUCUUGUUGCGAUGGCGGGCAUGUUCCUGCUGAACUGCUUCAUGACGGCCUUCGAGGCAGUCCUGCCCGUCUACCUCCCGGAAGUCUUCCUCUACCGGUCGACGCAAAUCGCCAUUGUGUUUCUGUCUAAUACUCUGCCGAUGAUCUGCUCCCCACUGGGCGGAUCGAUGGUAGACCACCUGGGACCGUUUUGGCCCGCGGUCCUGGGCUUCGGGCUGAUCACCCCGAGCAUGAUGCUGCUCUCUCUGAUCCGGGAGCCCAGCCCGUUGACAUCCCUGCUGCUGCGGCUUUUCCUGUUUCUCUUCGGCUGUGGGGUCUCUGUCGCCAUGCCGGCCAUGAUGACGGAAGUCACUUUGGCCAAGGAUGCCAUGGAGGAAGGAGAGCCCGGAAUCUUUGGGGAUCUGGGUGCCUGUUCGCAGGCCUACGGUCUGAGUAAUGCCGCGUUUGCUGGUGGGACACUGGUUGGUCCGUUGUAUGCGGGAUACGUGCGUGAGGCGGCUGGUUGGACGGCCAUGAACAUCUCCAUGGGGGCGUUCAGUGGACUGAUGGUGAUACUGGUUAUUGUAUUUACUCCGCGAAAAAGGCCGGGGGUGGUCCGGACGACGCGGAUGGGGGCUUGA